GUGCCAUCCGAGCGCGACGCGUGCCCGGGAAGCGUCUGCGUGCAAAGCUGCGCAGGCAACGUUACCGCGCUAGCGCCCACGGAGGACCCGACGAGCACCGGAACGUUCCCCGCUGCAUUGGUGUACGUACCCGCCAGCAUCGUGUUUAUGCUGCUUUGCUGCGGUGGCCUCCUGGUCUACCGCUGUUUGAAGAGGAGCGGCUUUUUCAGCCGCAUUCCGAGCCCGUCGUUGCCCAACCCCGUCCUGAUUCGAAG